UUGCGCCUUCUGACCUGGCGCCGUUUGAGUUCUGUGGCCUCCAUCUCCUUCAGCAACAAGCAAGCUUCUCAUCUUCAAAGCCUUGAGAAAAUGUCAGGAGAAGAAGAUGUAGCAGUGCCUGCUGAGGCAGCACCCUUGGGUGAGAGUAUGGACAUCAUGACUGCCUUGCAGCUUGUGUUGAGGAAGUCUCUUGCUCAUGGGGGUCUUGCACGAGGGCUUCAUGAAGCUGCCAAGGUGAUCGAAAAGCAUGCUGCACAUCUCUGCGUCCUUGCGGAGGACUGUGAUCAGCCUGAUUAUGUUAAGCUGGUCAAGGCACUUUGUGUUGAUCAUAAUGUGAAAUUGAUGACUGUUGCCAGUUCUAAAACCCUUGGCGAAUGGGCUGGUCUGUGCAAGAUUGAUUCCGAGGGCAAAGCAAGGAAAGUAGUUGGCUGCUCCUGUGUUGUUGUGAAGGAUUUUGGAGAGGAGUCACCGGCAUUAGAUAUUGUUCAGCAAUACAUAAAGGCUCAAUAAGUUGGGGCGAUAACGAAAUAUGGAGAGCAUGAAAUGAAAUGUCUUUGCGUAGAAACAUAGGCAGUAUCUUAUAUUUUUCUUGGCCUUUUGUUGUGUGGAACAUUAAGAUAAGAUCUCUGUUUUUGAUUAAUUCCUGAGUUGUUGAUUUGCAUGCUUAACUUGUGGAAAUUAAUGAGUUUUACUUCCUAGAGUUCGCAACCCUUUUAAUAUAUUUUUCAUCCAUACCUCGAUUGCAAA